UUAUAACGAAAAAAACUGCAACACUCUCCACAUGCUCUGCCCAAAUCCUUCCAUACACAACAAAUAACCAAAUUCCACAUCGUGACCGUGACUUUCUAAUCGAUCAGUCAACGCAACACGUGGCAUCAUCCCAACGGUCUUGUCUCUUUUAUUACCGUCAAUAUAAACAAAACCUUACACGUUAAAAGUGUCUCAUCAACCAAACCAUGGCUUCUCACUCUCCUCUUCUUCUAACCCUAGCCCUUGCUUCCUUCAUCUCUCUCAUCUCACCAACGAUCUCACUAACAUGCUCCACACAAAACGUCCUCUUCUCCGACAAAACUCCUUUUCAGACAUGCCUUGACCUUCCCGAACUCGAAUCAUACCUCCACUACACAUACAACGCAACCAACUCAUCUCUCACCGUCGCCUUCGUCGCCACACCGUCUCGCUCCGACGGAUGGAUCUCGUGGGCUAUAAACCCCACGGCGACUACCAUGAGCGGCUCUCAGGCGUUCCUAGCCUACGGAUCCGGACCCGGAAAGCCACCCGUCGUGAAGACGUAUAACAUCAGUGGCACCAAUCUCACGGAAGGGAGACUUGCCUUUGACUUUUGGAACCUACGCGCUGAGGCUUUAAACGGCGGUAGGAUUGUGAUUUUCACGACGGUUAAGGUUCCGGCGGGAGCGGGGAGUGUGAAUCAGGUGUGGCAGAUCGGUGGGAAUGUGACUAAUGGUCGUGUUGGAGUGCAUCCUUUUAGUCCGCCGAAUUUGAACUCUAGAGCUGUGUUGAAUUUAACUGGUACGGCUAGUGGUGCUGAUGGUGGUGGCUCAAAAGCUCCGGGGAAUGCAGGGUGGAUGACGACGAAUGUAAAGUUAGGGGUGAAUUUGGGAGUUUUGGUUUUGUUGGGGGCUAUAUUUAUUUUCUGAAAAUCCUUUUUUUUUGCUCGUAAUAAUGCAAGCCACCAUAUAGUGUGUGUACUGUUUGCCUUUUUUAGUUAGAGUCAUUUACCUCUUCUUUUUACACCUAACGCAUUGUUUCAAGUUAUUAUUAGACUGUAUGGACCAGUAGACCACUACUACUACUAUGAUCAUCUUACCUGUUAAGAACAACUGUGUUUGCACUUUGCAGGCCCGCUUUAGUAAUGGAGUGUAUAUGUAGAUUGACUAGAUAUAUAUUUCUGUAAGAGCUUCGCUUUUGUUUUGCCAUAUGAUAAUUUCAAUGUUCUAAAAAUCGGUUUAGGCGGCUAAUCUCCCAAAACAAUUUUUUAUACGAUUCAAGUCGGUUUAAA